AGCUAUGCUCAACAAAAAGCACCGCCUAGCUUCUCUAGAACCUCUCCAUCGUUUCUCAAUCCUUGUCUAGAACCCUAAUUUUCACAAUCACAGCUACGUAACCAAAAAAUGGCAGCCGCCGCACCACCACCGCCACCAACAGCAGCACCAGAACCAAACAUGGUACCACCACUAACUUCACCAAUCGGCCACCCAAUCUUCUCCCGGAUCCGUCUCGCAACACCGUCUGAUGUCCCAUUCAUCCACAAACUAAUCCACCAAAUGGCCGUCUUCGAACGUCUCACUCAUCUCUUCUCCGCCACCGAAUCAGGUCUCACUUCAACACUCUUCACCUCUCGUCCUUUCCAGUCAUUCACCGUCUUCCUCUUAGAAGUCUCUCGUUCUCCAUUUCCAACAACCAUCACUUCACCAUCUCCCGAUUUCACACCGUUUCUCAAAACGCAUAACUUAGAUCUCCCGAUUGAGGAUCCGGAGAGUUACAAUUUCUCGCCGGAUAUGUUAAACGACGUCGUUGUUGCUGGGUUUGUUCUGUUUUUCCCGAAUUACUCGAGUUUUUUGUCGAAGCCUGGGUUUUACAUUGAGGAUAUAUUUGUGAGAGAGCCUUAUAGGAGGAAAGGGUUUGGUAGUAUGUUGUUGACUGCUGUGGCGAAACAAGCGGUGAAGAUGGGUUAUGGAAGAGUGGAAUGGGUUGUUCUUGAUUGGAAUGUGAAUGCUAUCAAGUUUUAUGAGCAGAUGGGUGCUCAGAUUUUGCAGGAGUGGAGAGUUUGUAGACUUACUGGUGAUGCUCUUGAAGCUUUUGAUCAGGUAAACAUCUAGAGAUUGAUGAGUUGGUGGCUGAGAGUUAUCGAAUCGAUUCACUUCCUCUUGCUCUAAGCUUUAAAGUUUGUGUUUUUUUUAUGAUGAUGAUGAAUUCGCUAUGCUUACUUACUGGAUUCUGAAUGAGAACAAACCCUUUUGUUGAAUGUAUGAAAUGUUUCAAGGUUUUAAAGUAGAGUUGUGUAA